AUGGUAACUGUCAUCCUCUAUAAAAACCGAGCAUGGAGGAAGGUCGCUUUUUGGGGUUGCCUGUCUGUCUUCGUCAUCGGGAUGACCUUUAACCUUUUCGUCACGAGGACGAUUCGGGAUCCGGCCGAUCUCAGGUUCAUCCCAGCAACAUGGACCAAGGUCAAACACAUGGACGAUACCAAGUUCCCAUGGGAGGGGAGUGACCUACAAGAUGUACCGUACACAAUGAAACAGGAAUUCUUAAAAACGGUUAUAAAAGAUAAGAACUGUUCGUGUCCGGAAGAGAACCCCCUGAUCAAGGUUCCUCUGCACCCGAUCUACCACCCUCCGUCCUCAGCCUACCUGGCCGCGGUGUUCGACCAGACCGAACUGAGGGAUGUAGUGGACAGGAAACUCAGGGAGAGGAAGAGACUCAAACAAAGGGCGGCGCCUCCGGCUCCAGUCCUGUUUGUAGACGGCAGAUCUCCCCUCAGCUACCCCACACAGGGGCUAACCGUCCGGCCGAGGGAAAAUAUCGUCAUCCCUGGAUUAAAACUACAUGUGCCAAAGGAGGAGGGGGCAACAUUUGCUGUGGAAUUCGUGGCCAGGCUAGGCGUGCUAGCGACCCUAGCGGACGUCCCCGGAGUUGCAGUGGACGGCGCGGGUACCACGUACCUGACCAUCUCUGCCGGGAAGCUGACUCACCUCAACAGACAGCUACAGUUUAUUGUCUAUACCAACACGUACUUCGAUCCGGACACCGUGGACUAUGUUGAGUACAGAUAUGGUGGCUUCGUAGGGAUUAUCCCCAUCCGGAUUCAUUUUAAACCGAUGCUUCAAGCAUUUAACUACGUUGAAGACGAUAUCGCGUCUAAGGUGUCAGUAGUGACAAAAACGUUCCUACGAUACAAACUUUUACGUCAGAUGAUUGACAGUGUGCGUCAGUUCUAUCCGACCGUCACUGUCAUCAUAGCAGACGACAGCGAACACCCAGAAAAGGUCGACGGUCCGAACAUAGAACACUACACCAUGCCGUUUAAAAAGGGUUGGUUCGCUGGGCGGAACCUGGCUGUCUCCCAGGUGACCACGCCCUACCUCCUCUGGGUGGAUGAUGACUUUAUCUUCACACCGGAAACCAGGAUCGACCUUCUACUGCAGGUCAUCGAAAAUACAAACUUGGAUAUUGUUGGUGGCGUGGUCUACGAAGAAUUAGGAGUUGGGAACUCCUGGACACAUAAAAUCAGAAUCGAAGAUGGCGACGACUUGGGAGACUGCAUGUUCCAGACCCAGGGAUUUUACCACAAAGUCGAAGGCUUUCCCGAAUGUGUGGUUGCGGAUGUGGUGAUCAACUUUUUCCUGGGCGACACAGCCAAGGUUAGGAGUGUUGGGUUCGACCCACAACUGUCAAGAAUAGGACACGAAGAGUUCUUUCUCGAUGGACUUGGGAAGCUGCGAGUGGCGUCCUGUUCCCACGUUUCCAUCAGUCACGCCAGCAAGUUUCGUCUUCCCUGGAAACAUUCCGACUUCGAGCGGCAGUACAGAGCGUUACGCGACCAGCCCGAAUCCAUCAAAUAUAAACUCUUAUUUUACAAGUUCAACCUCAAGUGUAUUCAUUUGGACUGAUAGUUUGCUAUCUUGGUGUCUACGACACAUUCCAGAAUGUGCUGCUAUUCAUGUCUAUUUUUUGCCAAAGUGCCAUUAUGUUCCUAUUAGUAAGUGAAUUUGAAGAUAGAAUGAUUUGAUGUGUUUGAAGCCGUACUUAAGAAGUAACAAAACUCAUGUGUCUGUUGGCUGAAUCUUCUCUCUAACUUCACUUCUCGAUUGAAUGUU